GACUAAACUGACCUUGAGGUAGAUUGACCAGAGGCACAGUUUAAAUACUUCUCGCUCUGCAUCUGGAUAAUGUUGUGUAACAGGCAUACGUAAUUAUCAGCGUUUUUCUCCUGUAUUUCUCUAUGUGAAGAAUGAUAUAUUUUUCUCCUUCAAAGAAGUGUUGCAAGCAGCUAGUAAAGGAGGCUCUCAAGCACAGAUACGUAUAGAGGAACAGCAGCCCUGUUGCUAAAACAGUAGUAAAUAAGUUGUAGCUAAAGGUGUUUGGGUUAGGAAGUUAUCUAGUUCUUCUAUCUGGAUUAAUGUCACACGGUUGGAAGGGGAGAUCUUUCCUAUUUUUACAGAGGCACUGAUGCAGUUUAAUUCGCUGUGUGCAGUACCCAGGCAGAUGGCCUGGAACAAACACAGAACUGGAGCCUUUCUGAGAAUUUCCUCUUUCUAUAUCUUUUAAAAGCUUUUUCACCCAGGUGGCUGUAGAAGUAAUUCUGGUUGGAUUAAGGUUAUUGAAUCCAACUCCCUGAUCAGUUCAGGAAUCUAAGUUAAAUGGCCAUGGAAGGUGGCUAUAUACAACCUCUGCUUGAAUAUGCAGUAUCUGGAAGGGGAGCAGGCUAUAUUCCUAGGGAAUAGUUCCAUUGUCAACUGUACAUUUGAAAAUGAAAAUGGUACUGUAGUACAAAUCCUCUCGUACCUUUGUUGCUAGAGGUAAAUUGUUAGAUCACAUGAAACACAUGUAUCAGUGCAAAUUAUGAACUGAUUACCAUUUUUUUUCAUUUUGACUAUAAUUCUCAGCCAUGUCCGGGGAAGUAAAUCCCAGUUUAAAUAAGGAGGAUUGAAUUUUGGUGAAAUAUAUGUAGGGUUAGGAUUUAAUACUGCUUAAUAUGAUCCAGAGUAUUACCUAGUAAGUUCCAUGGAGCUGUAAUGCACCAAGCCUCUGAAAUGUAUGAUUUUAUUCUAACAUAUGUUCUAGUUUUCUCAGUUUUUUUUUUAAGGAAAAUUGCUUGUUGCAUAAUCUGAUACUUAAAGGAAGCAUGAUUUGCAGUUUGGACUUUUCUGCUUAAUCUUGCUGUACUUUGUUCAGGUGUGAUUGCAAUUAGGAUCUAGAAUGCCACCUUGUUUAUAGAAGUAGUUUAAGAGCCAGAUGUUGUAGACUUCCUGUCUCAUUUUUACACUUCGUCAUUCAGAAGUCAACUUCUGUUUAGAUUUCUGAGCAGAAUAAGAAAUAAACAGCUUGUGAUGAAAGAUUGUUCACAUGUUAGAUUUAUGGUGUGCCCAUUAAUAUUGAAUUGCUGUUCAGUCUGUUGCUUUAUGUUUCUGAAAUUGCACAGAAGAUGUGUAAAAUCAAUUGGAACACCCUUAUCUCUUGAUCUUUUCAGGCAGGUUAGCUCUUUGAAUGGAUAUAAAUAACUUGAAUUAACAGAAUAAAAAAAUCCUUAUUCUGUAGUUGAGGAAAGCUAGUCAUUACACUAAUUCCAAACACAAGUCAUAGUAAUUGGAGGAAAAACAAUAGAAUAUUGAAAUCUAAUACAUUUAUUAUGAUGUUGGGUAUCUUGCUCUACAGUUUGCUUCAUCAGAUUUUUCUCACAGAAGUUAGCAGUGGUGUUUAAUGACAGUAUAACUUUUUAAUGGCAUAAUUCUUUCCUUCUCAUUCUGUGUGAAUCAGAUGCCAAUGGCUUUAUGGCUGUAAUGGUUGAAAUAAACUCUGGCUUAGUGCAUUGCACAAAUCAGCCUUUUUCUCUGGAAUUCAACUUGUAAAAUCUUAGGCCUUUUAAAGGGCUUUUUAAAUAGAUGUUUCUAUCAGGGACAAAAAAAAACCUUUCGUCUUUCCAGCUCAAUCCAAAUACAAGUUUGUUCCAGCGGAAAUAUGUGGGUGAAGUAAAGAAGUGUGAAGAAAUGGAAAGAAUAUUGGGGUACCUAGUACAAGAAAUUAAAAAGGCAGACAUCCCUCUUCCGGAAGGAAAUGUCACCCCUUCUGCUCCUCCACUUAAGCAGAUGUUGGAAAUCCAGGAGCAGCUGCAGAAGCUGGAGGUGGAGUUGCGAGAAGUGACCAAAAACAAGGAGAAGCUGAGAAAAAACCUUUUGGAGCUGAUAGAAUAUACCCAGAUGCUGCAAGUCACACAGUCCUUUGUCCAAAGAGCUACUGAGCUGGAGUCCUGCAUACAGACUAAUUACGAAGAAUUUCCAUCUUUCGAAAACGAUCCUUUGGUUGAGUACAAUUGCUUGCACAGGCUUGGGGCAAAACUUGGAUUUAUCUCUGGCUUAGUUCACCGAGCAAAAAUUGAAGCGUUUGAAAAAAUGCUGUGGCGAGUGUGCAAAGGAAAUACAAUUGUUUCUUACUCAGAACUGGAAGAAUGCUUGGAAGAUCCUGAUUCAGGAGAACUUACCAAGUGGUUUGUGUUCUUAAUAUCAUAUUGGGGUGAACAAAUAGGCCAAAAAGUAAAGAAGAUAUGUGACUGCUACCGCUGCCACGUCUACCCGUAUCCCAGCACUCCAGAGGAACGGCAAGCAGUGAUGGAGGGGCUCCAGGUUCGCAUCCAGGAUCUUCAUAUUGUGUUGCACAAAACCGAAGAUUAUUUACGGCAAGUCCUGUGCAAAGCUUCUGAAUCGAUCUACACCUGGGAUGUCCAAGUGAAGAAGAUGAAAGCAAUUUAUCAUGUGCUGAAUCUCUGCAGCUUUGAUGUCACCAACAAAUGCCUCAUUGCGGAGGUCUGGUGCCCCCUGCUGGACCUGCCCAACAUGCGUCGCGCACUUGAGGAAGGAUCCAGAGAAAGUGGAGCUUCUGUCCCUUCGUUCAUGAACACCAUACCCACAAAAGAAACGCCUCCAACUUUGAUCCGCACCAACAAAUUAACCUCCGGAUUCCAGAACAUCGUUGAUGCGUAUGGGAUCGGCAGCUACCGGGAAGUCAAUCCAGCUCUGUUCACCAUCAUCACCUUCCCCUUUCUGUUUGCUGUGAUGUUUGGAGACUGCGGACAUGGCUUCCUGAUGUUCCUAUUCGCUUUCUUCCUGGUUUUGUAUGAAAAACACCCCAAACUGCUGAGAUCACAAGAUGAGAUCAUGAAGAUGUUUUUUCAAGGGCGCUACAUCAUCAUGUUGAUGGGAGUGUUCUCCAUCUAUACUGGCCUGAUCUACAAUGACUGUUUUUCCAAAUCUUUGACAAUAUUCAACUCAGGAUGGCAUGUUUCACAAAUGCCUGGUAUGGAUUGGAGCCAGGCGGCCUUGACGAAUUCAUAUGUGACUCUGGAUCCAAAUGUGACUGGUGUCUUCAGCGGCCCGUAUCCUUUCGGCAUCGAUCCGAUUUGGAACCUAGCAAGCAAUCGUCUCACUUUCCUCAAUUCCUUCAAAAUGAAGAUGUCUAUAAUUAUUGGAGUUGUCCACAUGGUGUUUGGAAUUGCCUUAGGGGGGUUUAACCACGUGCAUUUCAGGAAGACGUACAAUAUUUAUUUAGUGUUCAUUCCUCAACUUCUGUUCAUUCUAUCAAUUUUUGGAUAUCUGGUGUUUAUGAUCAUCUUUAAAUGGCUGGCUUUCAGUGCUGAAAACUCCAGUUCCGCUCCCAGUAUCCUGCUUCAGUUUAUUAACAUGUUUUUGUUCCAUGGUAACACGUCAAACGUUCUUUUCUCAGGACAGAUGAUUAUUCAAAAAUUUCUGCUAGUCCUGGCUCUGCUGUCCGUUCCUGUGAUGCUCUUUGGAAAACCACUUUAUUUGUACUGGUUGCACAAAGGCAGCCCAAGCUUUGGGUCCUACAGAAAAGGUUAUCGCUUGGUACGGAAAGAAAGCGAAGAAGAGAUUGCUCUGUUGAGAACUUGUGACCCUGAAUUGGGAGCCAGCCCUUUGGAUAACAGGCAUAAAAGCGAAGAGAAGGAAAUGUUUAACUUCGCAGAUGUGUUCAUGGAUCAGGCCAUCCACACCAUUGAGUAUUGUUUGGGAUGCAUCUCCAAUACAGCUUCAUACCUGAGGCUCUGGGCGCUCAGCUUAGCCCACGCUCAGUUAUCGGAAGUUCUCUGGGCGAUGAUCAUGAAGUUGGGACUUCACAUGAAUGCGGCCUAUGGAAUCUUGCUGCUGGUCCCACUUUCAGCCUUAUUCAUGGUUCUCACAGUAUUCAUCCUUCUGGUCAUGGAAGGUCUCUCAGCUUUUCUACAUGCCAUACGGCUUCAUUGGGUAGAAUUUCAGAACAAGUUUUAUACAGGCGAUGGAUACAAGUUCACACCUUUCUCCUUUCAAGACAUUUCUUUGCAUUUUGAUAGAUACGUUGCAUAGUCUGGCUGCUGUCGGCAGUAAAUUGGUCUGGAGUUGUUUGAAAAUAAUCAUGUAUGUUGACGUCAUUCUUGUUCAGCUCCCUGUAGCAAAGAACCUCACUGAUUUGCCUUAUAACGCAGCCAAAUAAUUUUAUAAUGUCUCUAUAGUCUCUUACUUGGACUUGGCAAAUGUGGGACCCCCUGUAAGCAGACGUAAAAUGGGUGUUUUCCUCCUUUCAUGAACGCAUUUAGGUUAAUUUUUAAACUGACCCAAAGUAUUUGAUUGCUGCUUCUGAAAAUGCUGUAGUGUUUUUAAGAACUAUUUAUUUUCUUUAACAAAUCUUUCAGGUGUGUUUCUAUCAUUCUUUUGGAGGGGGGUUAAUCAGCCAUUAAUUGCCCCGUUAAUUCCUCUGAUCCUCGCCAGUAAUAUUUCUGGAACUUUAUAACAGCCACUGAGAAUGAAACGGCGCGUCCUUCUGUAUGUAUAGGGAACCGCUACGAUUUUUCUCUUGCAUCAUCGCAAAUGUGGGCUUAAAUGUACAUUUAGGUCUUCCCCUUUGCACAAAGGGUGCGACUUCUUGCGCGUUCUGCGCAGAAGAGAGAUUGAAAAGCUGUCUCAGGUUCACUGAGGGGCACGGAAGCAUCGGACUCUCUUCUUUCCCUUUCACAAGAUGCAUUAUGGCCACUGUGGGAGUUCCCUCGCCCAGCCCGUCUUCCGGAAUCACGGCCUGAAAUUAUCCUGCAGGCUCUUGUACGCGGCAUCCUGACGGAGCUUCUGCUGUGGGCGAAGCCCCGGGGCUACAGACGACGCUCCCAGGGAAACCAAGAAUUUUUUGGCACGGCCGCCUGGCAGCCUACGGCCUCUGCCCGGUGCCCAAAGGCAAACGGCCUGCACGAAUCCAGGCUGCUUUAGCUGUUACGCACUCCUUCUCCACGGCGCUUCCAAAAAAUCGGAUUUCUGUUUAGCCUGACCCCGAAGCCAGUUUGGUGUUAAAAUGCAGUUGUCCUUGCCCUGUGAAGAUGGCGUCUUUUAAAGGGUGGGCGGGUUGGUUUUUUAAAACAAAAAAUGCAUUCAAGGGGAGGUAUUUUACGAUAAGGACUUUUAUAAGUGCCAAUGGAGUCUAAUCUCGUUUCUCGUCUUCAAUAAACGCUGUUUUGUGCAUUUUGA